AUGUUUUUGCAGAUUGAAGGAGCCUAUGUUCAAGGAAUAGGGUUCUUUAUGCUUGAAGAGUACCCCACGAACUCAAAUGGAUUAGUGAUUUCAAAGGGUACAUGGACUUAUAAGAUCCCUACAGUGGACACCAUUCCCAAACAAUUUAAUGUAGAAAUACUCAACAGUGGACAUCAUCAAAAUCGUGUACUUUCUUCCAAAGCUUCCGGUGAGCCGCCAUUAACUCUAGCAGUUUCAGUUCACUGUGCUACAAUGGCAGCGAUAAGAGAAGCCAGGCAACAACUUCUUUCAUGGAGUGGGCAAAAGGAGUCAGAUUCAACAUUCCAGUACUUGGAGGUACCUGCCACCAUGCCUGUUGUGAAAGAGCUGUGCGGGCUUGAUAGUGUUCACAAGUUCUUGCAAUGGACAACGGGAAAAAAUUAG